GUGCUGCCAAUCAGUGCCGCCUAUCAGUGCCCGUCAGUGCUGCCGUCAGUGCCAUCAGUGCCACCUAACAGCGCCAGUCAGUGCCACCUAACAGCGCCAUAUAUCAUUGCUGCCUUUCAAUGCCCAUCAGUGAUGCCUGUCAAUGCCACCUACCAGUGCCUCCUCAUCAGUUUCCAUCAGUGCCACCUAUCAGUGUCUAUCAGUUCAGCCUAUCAGUGCCCAUCACUGCAGCCUCAUUAGCGCACAUUAGUGAAGGAGAAAAAUCACUUAUUUACAAAAUUUUAUAA